AUGCGCCCUUCUCUCCUCUCCUCCGUUCUCCUCCCCGUCCUCCUCCCGCCCCCAUCAACCGUAACAGCCUACACCCCGCUCUCCACCGACCUCCUACGAUCCCUCCCGGCCCCGUCCACAGCCGACUACGACCCGCACACAGGCGCGCUGCUCGCGCCGCUGCUGAUCCCGCGCGUGCCGGGCACGCCGGGCCAGGCGCGCGCGCAGGAGCACCUGGUGUCCUUCUUCCGCGAGCACCUGCCCCGCUGGGAGAUCGCGUGGCAGAACUCGACGGCGACGACACCCGCCACGGGCGACCGCCGCCUGCCGUUCGCCAACCUCGUCCUGCGCCGCGAGCCGCCGCGGGCGCGGGCGCGCACGGGAACCGCCGCCCUGCUAACGCUGGCUGCGCACUACGACAGCAAGAUCUCGCCUGAGGGAUUUGUGGGUGCCACCGACAGCGCGGCGCCCUGCGCCGUGCUGAUGGACGUCGCCAGGCGGGUGGAUGGGUAUUUGGAGAGGCUGUGGGCGGGGAAGGGACAGGGCGGGGAAGAAGGGGAUGGGCAGGAUGUUGGGGUGCAGAUUUUGUUGUUGGAUGGGGAGGAGGCGUUUGUCAGCUGGACGGAGGAGGAUUCGUUGUACGGGGCGCGGGCGCUCGCGGCGGAAUGGGAGGCCACACCGUACCCGGCCCUGUCGACGUUCCAGAACCCGCUGCGCCAGAUCAGCCUGUUCGUGCUGCUCGACCUGCUCGGCGCGCCGAAUCCGGAGGUGCCGUCGUACUUCCAGAGCACGCACUGGGCGUACCAGCGCAUGGCCGCGCUCGAGAGCCGCCUGCGCCAGCUCGGGCUGCUGGAGAGCACGCCCAGCGAUGGCAAGCCGUUCCUGACGGACAGUGGCAAGCUCGCAACCCAGUUCACCGGCAAUAGCUUUAUCGGCGACGACCAUGUGCCAUUCAUGAGGCGCGGCGUGCCUGUGCUGCAUCUUAUACCCUCGCCGUUCCCGUCUGUGUGGCACACAAUGGAGGACGAUGGGGACCACUUGGAUAUCCCCACCGUCAAGGACUGGGCGCGCAUCGUCACGGCUUUUACGCUAGAGUGGAUGGAUGUGCAGAAGACGGAGCCGCAGGGUCCUCUUCGCAAGACCGUUACUGCCGGCAGCGUGCUGUUUGACCCCCGAUACACAUUUCAGACUCGGCCGCCACCGGUUGCCCGCUUCGCGAUAUCCACGUUGCCAGCACGCUCCGCGAGCGAGCACCGUCGCACCGAAACCAUGGACGGCAAGAGACAUGCUGCUUCCUUCCAGCAGCUGGAGAAGCUCGGCGAGGGAACUUAUGCAACAGUCUUCAAAGGCCGCAACCGUCAAACGGGCGAGCUUGUUGCGUUGAAAGAGAUCCACCUCGACUCGGAGGAAGGCACGCCUAGUACAGCCAUCCGCGAGAUUUCCCUUAUGAAGGAGCUCAAGCACGAGAACAUCGUCGCGCUUCACGACGUCAUCCACACCGAGAACAAGCUGAUGCUCGUCUUCGAGUAUAUGGACGGCGAUCUGAAGAAGUACAUGGACACGCAGGGCGAAAGGGGCGCGCUGAAGCCCCCUGUCAUCAAGUCGUUCAUGUACCAGCUGCUGAAGGGGAUCGACUUCUGCCACAAGAACCGGGUGCUCCACCGGGAUCUGAAGCCGCAGAAUCUCCUGAUCAACAGCAAGGGCCAGCUCAAGCUGGGCGAUUUCGGUCUCGCCAGGGCGUUCGGCAUUCCCGUUAACACGUUCUCGAAUGAGGUGGUGACGCUCUGGUACCGCGCUCCCGAUGUCCUGCUCGGCAGUAGGACCUACAACACGAGCAUCGACAUCUGGUCCGCCGGCUGCAUCAUGGCUGAGAUGUUCUCAGGCAGACCCUUGUUCCCUGGCACGACCAAUGAGGACCAGAUUGUUCGCAUCUUCCGCAUCAUGGGAACGCCGACAGAGCGGACCUGGCCGGGCCUGUCGCAAUUCCCCGAGUACAAGACGACGUGGCAGAUGUACGCCACGCAGCCGCUCAGCAGUAUCCUGCCGCAGAUCGACCCGCUCGGCAUCGACCUGCUCCAGCGCAUGCUGCAGCUCCGGCCCGAGCUCCGCAUCUCGGCGGCCGAAGCACUUACGCAUCAGUGGUUCGCCGACCUGAUUGUGGGCCAGGCGGGGCCCAAGCAGCACCCGCAGCACCUUCAAGCACAGCAGAUGAUGCACGCUCACGCUGGUUACCAGCCUGUACCGAGCCAGAGCAGUUACGGCGCGUACUAGUGGUAAUACCAGCCGGCAUGUUCAGCAGCAACGCGGUAUUGCGCCACCGGCACCUCUACUCACGCUAAUACAGGAUGACUCCGCCAAGGAGUUUUUGUUUUUUUCC